GAAGACGCAUAUACACACGUGAAUCGCACUCUCUUACGUCUCCUGCUGCGAGAUCAAUGGCCUGUACCUCGGCUGCACUCUCUUAAGCGUUAUUUCAGAGCUGAAAAAGCCCGCAAAAUGUGUCAGUAUUGUUAAGGUACAGAGUUUGCUCGACCUUGCGCUUGAGGGGAAGAUGUCGUGUUCCGCGAAGAUGUGCGAGCUAGCAUCGUGAGCAGCGGAUUGUACGAAUAGCUACUCAAAGUCAUCAGCUCAAUUGGCGUGAUCGGCGAUGAGAAAAGCGAUGGCGUGCCAGAUGAAGAAGCAAAGAAGAAUGACAAGAAGCAUAUGUUAGCAAUUGAUGCCCUUACACUCGACUAUGACGUGAAAUUCCCGCUUUCGCUCGUCAUCUCUCGCAAAACGUUUUUGCGUUACCAGCUCUUCUUCUGUUUUCUCUUACAUCUCAAGCAUGUAGAACAGUCGCUCGCAUUGAUGUGGAUAGAACAGAAGAUAAGUCCCUGGCGGCGUCCUGUACCAGACCACGCCGAGUUGCGCUUUUGAGAGCUCGCAUGCUCUCGUUCGUUCAGAAAAUACUGGCUUUCACGACAUCCGAGGUUCUUGAACCUAACUGGC